AUGACGGUGUUGCAAAGUCCGCCACAUACGCUACAUAAGCCUUCGACUGUUCUUUAUGGCACUCUUGGUGUGCUGCGGAGGAGAUUGAACCAGCUCAUUCUGUACACAACGCUACUCGACGACUCGUCCAGCACUGUUUCCUUGUACCAGAACCUCUGCUUUGCAAACUGCAUGUUUGCUCUCUCCGAUGGAUUUGCUACCGAAAAAGUCCCCAUAUAUACCUGA